GUGGAAAUGAGGGUUGAUGAAGCAAGCUUGAACAGUGCCUUGCUGUGAUCGGGUAGCGUGCUUCGACAAAAUGCGCUCUGCCGAUGAUGUGGAGAAGCUCUCGGGGGACUUGGGAGAGUCCACUUUCCGCUGGCUGCGGCAUAUGCCUCGGCAUGGGUUGAUGUGGAAGGAGACAGACUUCUGGGGUGACAUUGCCUUGGACCUGCCAAAGGAACAGCUGGAACGACCAGAGACUUGCAGGUGCAUCCACGACUGCAACUUCUGCCGUGAGCAACGUCAGCUGCUGAAAGAAGAGAAGCCCAGGCUUCCCACGUCACAGCGCUCACCGUACUCGGCGCCGCCUCGGACCCGGCGGCACAGCCGCAGGAGUCAGCGAGACUUCUGGAAGCACCGAGAGAAGGGCUACAAAGCUGGAGACAUCUCCUUGCAACGGAGAUACGUUGAGAUGCACAUGCCGGCGCACGUGGUGCUGCACGACGAUGUCCGCCGCAGCGAUGCAGCCAUCCGGGAGUUGCAGGAGCUUUUGAUUGGCCAAAAGCGCAAGAAGGAGGCGGCCAAGAACGCUUCACGCCCUGGGACUGAGCGCCGUGCACGCGAGCGCCGCCGCGACCGGGAAGCACGGCAGGCGCGGCGUGCCCAACUCGCCCGGGACAGCCGCCGCUCUCCGCAGCUGGAGUCAGCGAGCCCGGACGGCUCCUCCGCGGAGUCCGAGGCCUUUGAGCGGGCUCCAGAGGAUGUGCAGGCCAUUUUGCGCUACCGGGAGCGACGUCAGUCAGUUCUCUGCGAGCGUCCGCCGGCGGCACCAGAGGAGAGGGAGAGGACACAUGUGGAUUGGAAGCCAGUUGUGACGGUGAGCUUUCAACGGAGCAAAGAGACUCCAUCCAGGCCACCAGAGGAGGAGCCUCCGACCGAGAGUCUCAGCAUGGAGAAUGACCUAUCCUCUCGUGCGCGGCGAUUGGUCUUCCGGCAGAAGCAGAAGUCUGCACUGGACCGCUCAGCCAUUCGCGCGGAUCGCCGUGCGCACAAGGAAUUUGCCUCGAUGUUGCGAGACCUGGCGCGGAUGCAGCUCAUCAAAGAAGGUGAUCGGAUCGCAGAGAUGGUGCGAUUAAAGGAUGAGAAGCUCAUCAAAGAGGAUUUUCAUCGUUACGAUGAGGAUGGCAAUGGCAUGCUCCAACUGACGGAAAUUCGUGGCGUCCUGGAAGAUGCUGGUCUUCUGCCGCAGAAUGACGAGGAGAAGGCCAGCGUGAGAAGAACCAUUGUCAACAUGGCUCUUCAGGUGCCGGACGGAGAGACUGAUGAGGAAAAGGAGCUGGAGGAGGCCAAAGGAAAUGUUCUCCUCGUCCACCAAAAACAAGAGCGACUUGCCCGAGAUCUGGAGCUGAGCCGAGAGCAAAUGCCUGAGCUCUUGGAGCGGAUCAGGAGGAGGCUGAAGAUCGCUCAGCAAAAGGCCUAUUUCUCUCACUUCACCAAGUACGAUUUGUUCGAUGAGGGGGAGAUGGAUAUCCAAGAUGUCUUGAAGCUGCUUCAGGAGCUGAAACUUUUACCUGACUUGGAUGAGGCGCGCGGUGACUUUGCACGUUGGCUGCUGACCAUCGUGAAGGGCCGGAGUGAGACUAACAAGGUCCAAAGUGUGGCGUCGGAAGACUUGGCUUCGAAGAAGCGGGCUGCCGUGAAGUCUCGCAUGCCACGCGCCAGCACGCGCUCGGUCACUGAGCGUCCGGCGUCCCGGGAGCGGCCGAAUUCUCGAGAGCGGCCCAGCUCAAAGGAGGGAGACGAGGAUCUAGAGGACCGUGACCCACCCAGACCGAUGUCUAAGGGCCUUCGCCCAGCCCAGACUCACCACGACAAGGUAGACUUUCUCCUGGAGGAGCGGGAACGCCCGGAUGCAGUGGCGCUGGAAGACUUGCCGCGGUUGUUGCCAGACAUGAAGUUUGACAAGUUCGAGUUCGAGGUCAUGGCGGAUUUCCUGUCAGAGGCCCACGGCAGGUUGACGGCGCAGCAGCAGAUCGAACUGGCAGAGCAGCUGGGCUUGGGCAAGGCGCUCUUCCAAGAGUUCCGCAAGGAACUCGAGGCGAUGAUCGAGCUUUUCUAUUCCUUCGAUGACACCCACUCUGGUGUGGUGAAGAAGGUGGAAGUCUGGGUGGCUCUGAGCAAUUUGGGCCUCCUUCCUUGUCUCGACCAGAACAAAGUGGAGAUGCUCGUGAUGAUUUCCUUGGCUUGCACCGAUGCUGCGGCCAACCCUGCAGUGGCCCGCUUUUCUGGGCAAGUCCCCAGGAACUCACAGCGAUGGCUGGGAACAAAAGCAGCGCUUAAGGCUCUUUUGCAGUCCAGCGAGUUCCUUCAGCUGGCCUCUCAGGUGGGAAGCCUUGAUGAAGGUUGCAUGGACUUUGCCCGCUUCCUCUACUUGGUACACUCAGUGCGUCUUCUGCAGUCCAGAGCUCUCCGGGAGGAUUUGGUACCCAUCUUUGAGCGCAUGCUCAGGAGGCGGAAGAAGACCGGGAAGUUCAGCGUGAAUGCCGUGGGGAUACCAGAAGUGAGCCAGGCCUUGGAAGCGCUUCAUUUGGGACCCAAGCAACGGGAAGAUCAGAAGAAGAUCACAGAGUUCCUGAAUGAUGUGAAUGAGUUCGGCUUCUCGCCGUUGACCUUGGACUUUGAAGCCUUCGUUCGCUUUGUCCGCCAGGUCAAGGAGUGGCAAGCUAUUUGCACUCGUGCUGCCGACCGGGCCUAUGGUGCUGAUUUGGGACUCCAAGAACGGAUGGUGGAUGAGUUCCGCGUGAUCUUCGACAUCAUUGACAGCAGCGGCAGCGGAGAGCUGGACCUGCUGGGCGUGAAACGGGCGUGUGGACUGCUGGGACAGAAGAGCCUUUCCUUCGAAGAGCUCCGGAAGAUCUUUGAGACGCUGGACAAAGAUGGCAGUGGUGCCAUCGAUUUCCUCGAAUUCUUGCACAUGACAAACAUGGCAAACCUUGGCAAGCCCAAAGGAAGAGCUACGAUCAAUGCGAAUGCAGCAAUUUUCGCCCCAUUUGGAUGGUCUGAAGACCGGUGAGACACGUGGAGAGUUGGAUGUGUAUUUGGGUAUUGAUUUUCUUCGGACUGGUCGGAC